UAUCCACACAUUUAAACCCUUAUCCGCAGUCACAGUGUUAACCUCCAAAUCGCGCGUGUAUCGAUCGUCCUCAGCACCGUCGCCUUCGCCGGAGCUUUCCUCGUCCAAAAAUGGCGGCCGUGUCCCUCUCCCUCUCCUCCUCCGCCACCUCCGCCGCCGCGUUUCCUUACCAACACCACCACCGCAUCCCUCCUCCGCGCGCCGCCGCGCUCGGCCGCCUCCCUCCUCCCCUCCUCCCCCGCCCCGCUCGCUCCAUGCUCCUCGCACGCGCCAAGUUCGAGAAGUUCGACGGCGCCGAUCCCCCAUCCUCCCCCUCCGCCCCCGAAGAAGAGGAAGACCCCGCCGCCCCUCCGGAUCCCGCGAAAGACGCGGAUGAGGACGAUAGCUGCUUGCCUUCGGAUUUGGAGGGUGCGAUUCGACAAUCUGGUGAAGCGAGCGCCAUGUUCAUAGCUUCAGGGGGGAUGAGAGCCAUUGUUGAGCUUUUGAUUCCUCAGUUACAAUUCCUAAACACUGAAGGAGCACAAGCUGAGGUGUGGGAAUUAUCAAGGAUAUUUUUGGAGACACUUAUUGAAGAAUCUGGAUUCCUGAGAGUAAAAGCCAUUUUUCCUGAUUCUGGAGUAGCCGCUCUUCUGAAGUAUCAAUGGAAAGAUGUAAAGUUUGGGUGCUCCAGCUUAAGUGAUCGAAACCCUGUGGAUGAUGAAGAUGAAGUUGUUGUUAUGAUAAUUCCGGAUUAUCAAAUGUUGGAAUAUGUUGAGCGAAUCGCAAAUCGACUUUCUGAUGACCCACCAAGACCGCUUGUCAUGUGGAACCCGCGCCUCGUCAGUGGAGAUGUUGGAGUCGGCUUCAAUGUGCGAAAGUUGCGUAGAUACUUUUUAAGCACUUUUACAACUGUAUACUCGAUGAGACCAUUGCCAUCUGGGGCAAUUUUUAGAUGCUAUCCUGGAGUGUGGAAAGUAUUCUAUGAUGAUGUGAAUAGGCCGAAUAGAUAUUUACUUGCUAAAGAACAACCUGACCGUCCUGACGCGACGGAUGUUGAGCGGAUAUUUGGGAAAGUCGCGGAGGAAAAGGACGGAAACUCUUCUUUGCUCGCCAAAGCCAUGGGCAUGUUCAAUUCUGUGAACCGGUUUAUGAAAGCCAUCUCCAAGUAGAAAAUACCCAAAGUAGUGAUGCUUUUUCAUUUAUCAUUUGUGUGUAAUUUAAAAGCUUUUUUGGCAUGGUUGUAUGCGAGCGAGUGUAUCGAAUUCUCCCAUUUUCAUGUGUUAUAUAGUAAAGUAAUAGUAAUGACCUGUGGUUUGCUUUUCUGAUGAGUAAGGUUAUGGAUCAUAGAACUUUAUUUUAUUUUAUUUUCAUGUUUGUAGCUAGAACUCAAAUGCACAAGAAGAUUACUUAUUUGAUGGUGCUUGUA